AUGACCGGCACAACCAUUGGCCCCAUCGGCCGCGCGUGGCUCAAGUGGAAAUCGCUGCGUCUGCCAUGGCGCAAGCGCUUCCUCGUCGGCUUCGAUCUUCAAGGCAACACGUACUGGGAGUUCCGCCUCACGACCCGCGGCACCGGCGACGCCGCCCCCAACGGCCUCGGCGAGGUCGAGCGCUGGCGCCGCAUCGUCCAGUACCCGCGCGCGACGCACCUGUCCGCCGUCAAGGUCGGCCCGCUCUGGCACCAGUGGCUGCGGUACACGCGCCGCGACCCGCCGAGCCUCGAAGAGCAGCGCGGCGACGUCGUGCGGCAGGCCCGCACCAAGGUGCUCGCCGCGGAUGCGGACGCGCGCUGGGCCGCCAAGCCUCGUGUCAUGGAUGCGCCGCCGCCGCCGCCGCCGACAUUGCCCGAGACGACAACGACACCACAUGCACAGGCAGAGACGACACCGUUGAGGGCAGAGUCGAGACGGAGACGGAGUAGCAAGCGCCCCGAGGAGAUGACGCAGGCGAGGGCAGACGACGACGCGGUCGAUGAUGACAAGGACCCGUGGAAAAAGGCAAAGACCAGGGGACCGAGUGAGGACUGGCAACCACAGGCUUGGAGUCCGAAUGCGAAAAAGUGA